AGUGCAGGCCCUCCGAUGGGUCGGUAUCCUAUCUGGAUCAGCGGGCGGCCAUGGGCAUAUCUUGCAGUCACAAUGGAACCAAGAGUGUUGCAGCCAGUGAAUGACCAGAAUACAUCAGAAAAUGCAGGAACGCCUAAAAAAAAAGAAUUGACUCUGGCAAACUUUGAUAUAGGGAAGCCACUGGGCAAAGGAAAGUUUGGGAAUGUUUAUCUAGCGAGAGAGAAGACUUCCAAGUUCAUCGUGGCUCUGAAGGUGCUCUUCAAAUCUCAGCUACAGAACUCUGGCGUGGAACAUCAGCUCCGCAGAGAAAUUGAGAUCCAGUCACAUUUACAACAUGAGAAUAUACUACGGAUGUAUCAGUGGUUUCAUGACAAGAAACGUAUCUUCCUGGUGCUGGAGUUUGCAGCCAAGGGCGAGCUGUAUAAGAUCCUGCAGAGAGAAAAGAGAUUUGACGAGAAAACUACUGCAAAGUAUGUCUACCAGCUGGCCAAUGCCCUCAAGUACUGCCACAGUAAGAAGGUGAUCCAUCGAGACAUCAAGCCAGAAAAUCUACUGAUAAGCCUUAUUGGUGACCUCAAGAUAGCCGACUUUGGCUGGUCCGUCCACGCUCCAUCCUCCAGACGGACGACAUUAUGUGGGACGCUGGACUACCUCCCUCCAGAGAUGAUUGAGGGCUCGUUCCACGAUGAGAAUGUUGACCUGUGGAGCCUGGGCGUGCUGUGUUACGAGCUGCUAGUGGGAAAUCCCCCGUUUGAGACGGAGAGCAACUCUGAGACAUACAGGAGAAUCACUCGUGUGGACAUACGCUACCCGUCUUACGUCACCUCAGGGGCCAGGGAUCUCAUUGGAAGUUUACUGCGACAUGACCCCCGUAAGCGUAUCUCCCCGGACGCUGUGAUGACCCACCACUGGAUCGUGGCUAACCAUACCCCCAAGGAUCCACCCAGACACUGAUUAAUCUGUGAUGACCCUGUCCUUGUUGUGGCUUACAAUAACCCCAAAAGGUUCUACCAGACACUUAUGAAGCACAUUGAUUGUGGGAACUAAAACCAUACACCAACAGACUUAUAGUUUGUGUUAAUUGAGUAAUUGAGAGUCCAGAGAUCAAGGGUGGUAAUGAGAUUAAAACCAUCAGCUCUGAGGACUGUGUCCUAUGAUUGAUAAGGUGUGGACAAAUCAAAAUCAUCUUAAAAAUGUAAAUCAAUGCAUGUGUGAUAUUUAAACAUUGUAUGCUUGUAAAUAGAUUUGUUUUAAUGAGGACAUGUGUUUAAGGAUGUGAAAGAAAUGUUUGUUUUCAAAUUGAUGACAAUAAUAAUUAUUAUCUGUUACGGAAAAGUCUUCCGUAAGAAAAAUCUGUGUCUUCAUCCAUGUAUAUUCUGUAAAUGUCUGUAUAUUUUAAAAUCAAACAGUCUCUUUACAUCAACUGCGAUGAAGCUGAUUCACAUGUUAUAUAUAUGUCAAACCUAAUGUGUUCAUGUUUUUAAACCUAAUGUGUUCAUGUUCUCAUAUCAUCUGUCUAUUGCAAUCAUAGAAAGGCGUAAAAAAAUGUUUGUUUCCAGUUUCCCAACCUACCGUGAUAUCUACCCUGACUCAUAACCUUUUUAUAGCCUUGUGAAAUAUUUGUUAUCUUGUUUGAUUUUUUUCUUUUAAAAGUUAAAAAAGAAGUGGGCUAUUAACCAUACUAGUGAUGCUAAUACUGAUUGUUAAGAUGUUCUUAAGCGUAUACUCAACAGUUUUUGUCAACUGAAAAUUCUCAUGAAACUGGAAACAAACACAUUAUUUUUUUUAACAACCCUUACUGUUUUAUCCUUUAUCUUCAGCAGCUAAAUACUUUCUUUCAGUUACUCUUGAGUGUAUAUGUGAAUAUAUAUCAUUAAUACUCGAUGUUAUAUAUCUAGAGGAUAUUUGAUAAUUUCAGUGUAAGAUCAUAUUCUAUUUAACGAGUGGUCAUAGAUAUUAUUACAUGUCUAUGAUCAUGAGUCAAAAUAUGGAAUUUAUUACACAAUUUUUUUAUGAAAUUGAUGAAACUUACACUGGCCUUUUAAAUAAAUUUCAGUAAAUAAGUUUAAUAAAUUUUGUUUGUUGAAUAACCAGAAUUUUUUUAUGUUCUAUUAAUAUCUUAAAGGCCUAGUUUAUGGAAUGUUUGGCAUGAUAAUCCCCUGCUGUGCAUCUCCUGCUUAUUGCUCUGAUGUCACAGUAGGGGCCAAUUUCCUGUUUGUUUAUUGGCUCAAGGCCAUUUAGGGUCCAUUUCUAUAAUAAAAUCUCAAAAACUGCACAGCAGGAUAUUCAAAUCAUAGAUCGAUCUGAUAAGACAAUUAGAUUAAGAUCAAUAGAAGGAUAUUAAUUUCUAGGUUGUGUAAGAUUAUUAGAUACAAUACAAGUAGAUCAAUCAGGGGUUCUUCAGUUUAGAAUUAAUCCAGAAAUCAAGAUUGAGAGCUUCUAACUUCAGACUUUUGUACAGAAUGUAUUUUACUCGGACAUUUGCAUCAAAAACAGCAGGAAGUACAUUAAAUAUAUAUAUGAUUUAAGAAACAAUUUAAAAUGAGGUCCUAGACCUACUACCAUCCUUUGAGUAUGUAUCACUCCUAAUCAAACAAACACCUGGUUAUUUUUCAGUAUUUACAAUAAUCAGCUGUUGGACCCCCUGAUCAAUUAAAGUUUGCAAGGUGUCUCACACACAACCAUAAGCUCCUGUAGAGUUUUUUUACCAAGUGUGUUAAUGUAUGGUUCAAACUUCGAGGACUGCAUAUCCCAAUUAAAAUGUUUACUGGAAAAAUGUAUGAUCAAAAUUAUUUACGUGUAUGUGUGUUAUAUACGGUGUUUUCUGUUUCUUAACUGUUCUUUCAGUCUGCACUUCUCAGUCUAUUUUUAUAUGAUCUUGUAAAUACAGUUGUAUAACAUUAUGAAAUAUUGUGAAAAUAAAAUUGUAGUAACUUGACA